GUUCCGGCGGCGCAUAAAAGGCUCAGCGGCCUGGGGCGCGCUUGGCGCUGAGAACGCGAGCUCGGGUGUGUGCUUGUCCGUGCGUCCCGCCCUUGCCCACGCAGCUUUCAGUCAUGGUCUGCUGCAAAGCGCACAUCGGAAAGCCCGCCCCGGACUUCCACGCCACCGCGGUGGUGGAUGGCGCCUUCAAGGAGGUGAAGCUUUCCGACUACAGAGGGAAAUACGUAGUCCUCUUCUUCUACCCGCUGGACUUCACCUUCGUGUGCCCCACGGAGAUCAUCGCUUUCAGCGAGCGUGCUGCGGACUUCCGCAACCUGGGCUGCGAGGUGUUGGGGGUCUCGGUCGACUCGCAGUUCACCCACCUGGCUUGGAUCAACACCCCCCGGAAGGAGGGAGGCUUGGGCCCCCUGAACAUCCCCCUGCUGGCCGAUGUAACCAGAAGCUUGUCCCGCGAUUAUGGCGUGCUGAAAGAAGAUGAAGGCAUCGCCUACAGCAGUGGGAGCUCCCAGCUCCUCACCAUGAACGCUGAUAUCUUCAGGGGCCUCUUUAUCAUCGAUGGCAAGGGUGUCCUUCGCCAGAUCACCAUCAAUGAUCUGCCUGUGGGGCGCUCUGUGGACGAGGCUCUGCGGCUGGUCCAGGCCUUCCAGUACACGGACGAGCACGGGGAAGUCUGUCCCGCCGGUUGGAAGCCAGGCAGCGACACGAUCAAGCCCAACGUGGACGACAGCAAGGAAUACUUUUCCAAACACAACUAGGCUGGCAGACGGGUGGCAAGCUUGGGCUCUUGGCCCCUCCCUGGGUGCCCCUCGAUGACCCAGGAAAGACCAGAUCUGCCCCUUCAAACUCCCAUCACCCUCCACCCUGGAGGGCCAGGCCAAGGCCUUCUCAUGCUCCCGGCUGGGAGCUGGUGAAUAGUGACCCCCUUCCUGGAGCCCAUGUAGCCGGGCACAGGCCUAGUGGUGACUAAUAAAAGUAUUAGGGACAGA